AAAAAAAAGACAGAAACUUCUUCGUCAAAUAAAAUAACGAGUCUACAUCUUCUUCCUUCCUUUUCCCCUUUCUUUUUAUAUUUCCAGUCAGUCGUUUAUUUCAAUAACAGCACUGUUGCAUGCUCAAUCCUCACCUCAACAGAUUUACAGACUAGAUUGUCUCUUUCCCUAGAUCUGCGAUUUCAUGAUCUCACACUGAGUCACCACCGAGUUCCCCUGCGCCAACCACCGUCUUCUCUAGACUCUAGAGUUCGUUCCACCCCCGAGUCAACUCUCAACUCUGAAUGUGCUAGUACUGUCGCUACUCCCGACAACUUCCGGAAAUGCUCGCCGGAGCUCCGUUAAAAAUCCGGCGGAGUUCCGGUUAAGUUAAGCAAAAAUGUUUAAGUGGAGGAGUGAGCGUAAUAGGAUCACUGCUAUCUUCAAAUUACAGUUCCACGCUACUCAAGUAUCUGAGUACGGCGGAAAUGGAUUGGUGGUGUCGGUCGUGCCGGCGGAGAACGGGAAACCGACGGCGAGAUUGGAGAAGUCGAGUGUGAGAGAGAAUUGUUGUUACUGGGAGGAUCAAAUUUAUGAAACAGUCAAAUUUAUUCAAGAUCCUAAAACUGGAAAGAUUCAUGAGAGAAUCUACUACUUUCUCGUUUCAACCGGAUCACCUAAAAGUAGCUUAGUGGGAGAGUUUUCUGUAAAUAUUGGGGAUUAUGUUGCUGCAACAAAGGCUUGUUCUGUUUCUUUUCCGUUCAAGAACUCCAAUUCGGAUUCUUAUUUGCAUGUUUCUAUUCAAAGGGUACAGGAAAAUAGUAAUCUCAGCAGAGUUGUCCAAAGAGAUCUUGAAGAAAAUGAAGAUUUGAGAAUCAAAGAGGAUGCUAAGAGCUUGAGACGACAUUUUAGCAAUGGUAAUGUAGAGCAAGCCGCCAAGUCCAAUUCUAUUGAAGAUCAACCCUUGAGAAAGACAGCGUCACAUCCAGUGGGGUUAAAUGGUACACGUAGAGGAUCCAAUGGUUCGGACAUCACAUUGUCGAGUUCUGAUAGCAGCUCUGGACUGAAUACUCCGCGAGAACUUGGAGUAAGAACUAUCGACACCUGCAAAGAUCAGACCUCAAAUAGUUCAGGCUGUCAAGAUCAGCAGAAAACACAGUGGGAUUUGGCAAUUGUCCCUGUUAAUGAUUCGAGCACAGAAUAUUCGAUGAACAGCCCUAGGGAUUUCUUUCCCAAUAUGAGGUCUCCGAUGGGUUUGGAUGAUUCUGCCGAUAUUCUCAAAGCCGACCUUGUUGCUUUAUCUAGGAGGGCGGAAGUGUCUGAGUUAGAGUUGCAAACUCUGCGAAAGCAGAUUGUGAAGGAAAGCAAAAAAGGGCAGGAUUUGUUGAGAGAAAUCUUUAGCUUGAAAGAGGAGAGAAAUGCAUUCAAGGAAGAAUGUGAAAAGCUCAAGUCCUCUCGUAAACGUUCUGAUGAUCUAAGAGUCAAAAGCAAAUUCCAGUUUGAGGGGGAUCCUUGGACUCUUGUUGAAUUAAUCAGAGAAGAGCUCAGUUAUGAGAAGGAUAUGAAUGCCAAUCUUCGGAUCCAGCUGCAGAAGACGCAAGAUUCUAAUGACGAGUUGCUUCUUGCAGUGCAGGAUUUGGAGGAGAUAUUGGAGAAGAAUAAUAAAGGAGUUUCCCAUUUGCCAAACAGGUCAAUAUCUGGAGAAAGUGCGGUAGAGACUGAAGAGAGUAUCCUAAAGGGUCAGAGUGAUGAUGAUGAAGCGCAAAAGGCUCUGGAAGACCUUGUAAGGCAACAUAGUGAUGCACAGGGGACAUAUUUACUUGAACAGAAGGUCAUGGACUUGUGUAGUGAAAUCGAAAUGUAUAGGCGAGAUAAAGAUGAGUUAGAGAUGCAGAUGGAGCAGCUUGCCCUAGAUUAUGAAAUAUUGAAGCAAGAGAACCAUGAAUUUUCUACUAGAUUGGAACAAAGUCAUCUCCAAGAUCAGCUGAAGAUGCAAUGUGAUGGCUCAAGUUCUUAUACUUCUAUGAGAGAAUUUGAAGCCCAGAGACUGCAGCUUGAAAAUGAACUUGAUGAAAAAUCCGAAGAACUAUCACAUUGUUUAGCAGCAAUAAAGGAUCUUGAAGCUCGUAAUUCAAGCCUUGAAGAAGAUCUACGGAAACAAGCAGAUGGAUAUGAAGCUGAGAUAAAAGCUGUUACAAGUUCCCAAAUGGAACAGCAGCAGAAAGCUGACCGAGCAGAAGCAGCUCUUAAUGAGUCUGGUGCUGUUAUAAAUGAACUUGAAACUAUGAUAGAGGAGUUCAAGAAAGAACGUAAAAAGCACUUAGAAGAGUUGUCAAGCUCUUUGGCUGCCAUAGAGGAGCUUGAAAUUCAUAACUAUAACCUGGAGGAAGAACUAGAGAAACAAGCACAUAAAUUUGAAGCUGAUAUGGAAGCCCUUGUUCAUGCCAAACUGGAACAAGAGCAGAGAGCAUCAAAAGCCGAAGAAACUGUUUCCGAUUCUAGUGCCACCAUAAAUGAGCUCGAAACCCACAUCAAGAAACUGGAGAAAGAACUCAAAAAGCAGUCAGAAGAGUCUUCUGAUAAUUUGGCUUCAGUAAAGGAACUUGAAGCUCAUGUCCAGAACCUUGAGGAAGAGCUAGAGAAACAGGCAGAAGGGUUUGAAGCUGAUCUGGAGGCGGUUACUCAUGCCAAAGUGGAGCAGGAGCAGCGAGCAAUACGGGCAGAAGAAACCCUGAGAUUGAUGAGGUGGAAAAAUGCUAAUACAGCUGCAAGAAUUCAAGAUGAAUUCAAAAGAUUGUCCUCACAAAUGCAGUCGUCAUUUAAUGCUAAUGAGAAGCUUGCUAGCAAAGCCUUGACUGAAACUAGUGAAUUACGAAUGCAGAAUCGUCAGCUUCAGGAUAUGCUUCAGAAGGCCAAUGAAGAGCUUGAGUCAGCUAAAGAUGAAUAUGAAAUAAAACUGCAUGAAAUGUACAGUCAAAUCAACACAAAAUCAACUCGGGUGAAGCAGAUGGAGGAGGAAAUUAAAGAGAAGUCCAAACAGGUGGAUACCCUGAAAAAACAAAGUGAUGAAUUCCAGAGAAGUGUUUCAGCUCAGCAACUGGAUCAUAUAUCAGAGAUACAGAUACUUAUCUCUGAAAACAAGUCGCUGACUGAACAGAUGAAAGCAUUGACCAAAGAAAGAGAUAUUCUUUUUCUAAGGGAGAAUACAGAAUGCGACAAUCCAGCAGAGGAGGUGGCAGGAAAGUCUCUUGAGGAAUUGAUUAUGUUGAGAAAUCUCAAGCAUGAAAAGGAACAAGCAGUUACAAGUCUGAAAUUUGAAGUGGAAGAACUAAAAUUUCAGUGUGACAACUUGAAGCAUUCUUUAUACGAGGAUGAGUUGGAGAAAGAGAAACUAAGGACACAAGUGUUCCAACUCAAAGCUGAUCUAAAGAAGAAGGAUGAAGCGAUUGUGAGUAUUGAGAAGAAGUUCAAAGAGAGUAGUGGACGAGCUGUAGUUCAAGACAAACCCAAAGCUACUUCUAAAAAUACAAAAUCUGACCGGUGUCCGAAAGAGGUUGGUUCUAAAGAAGUAACCACGUUGAAGGAAAGAAUAAAAUUACUUGAGGAGCAAGUUAAGUUGAAGGAAGCUUCCUUAGAGACCUCUACAAAUGCGUUCCUGACGAAGGAGAAGUGUCUUAAUGGAAAAAUUGAGGAAUUAGAAACUAGAAUGAGAGAACUCGAUCAGAAUGAUCCAAUCGUUGGCCAUGAUGAAGUAAAACAGGAAAAGGUUUCCGCUUGUACUGAAGAAGACACUACAGGAAAUAUGCCUGGAGAAGCAAGCGUCAUAGAUGAAACUUCCAACAAUGUGGAGCCAAACAGUGACAGUCAAAUAGAAUCUGAUAGCCAACAAAAACCGCCUGUCAUUGAUUCUGGAGACCAGCAGAAGAUUGAUGUUUUGUUGAAAGAGAUGAUUUUGUUAAAGGAACAGAACAAAUCCAUGGAAUUUGAACUAAAUGAAAUGCAAGAGAGGUACUCAGAGAUAAGUCUGAAGUUCGCCGAAGUAGAAGGUGAACGACAACAACUUAUUAUGAGAGUUCGCAACCUUAAGAAUGCUAAGAAGAGCUGAUAACCCGAUUCCCUCAGUUUCUGCAGAGUUUUUGAGUGAUAACAAAGGCAUAAAAGCUUAAUAUAAGUUGGUAUUGACCUUGUUCUUGUGAAUAAGAUCAUAUGUAAAUGUGCUUCGUUCAUAUUCUUUUUCACUUUUUUUCUCCCUCCCCCGUCCCCGAAAAUCCCUCAAACUAAUGUCAAAUAUGCAGUUAGUGUAAUACUGUACUACAGAAAUAUAAUGUUUGAAUAGGUUUUUUCUUUUUUCUUUUUUCUUUUUUCUUUUUCAGUGUUUGUUAAUUUUUUUUUUAGAAAUUUGGUGAUGGGCAUAAUAUGCCGGACAGUAAAUCAUUUUAUCAAAGUAUAGUGUUCAUUUUUAUUGUA